CAAAGCUUAGCAUGGAGCUUGAAGUCGAAGUGGUCUCCGAGGAGAUUGUGAAGCCAUCAUCUCCGACGGACGACGGACUUCGCUGCUACCAACUAUCGUUCCUCGAUCAGUUAUAUCCCUCACUCUAUCACUCUCAGAUUUAUUUUUUUCCGAGAAUAUGUGACACUAAUGUCGAUGAAAUCACGAUUUCCGAUCGAUUAAAGCAAUCCAUUUCCAAUGCCCUGACUUAUUUCUAUCCGCUGGGUGGUCGGAUGACGGAGGACCAAUUGUUUGUGGAUUGCAACGAUGAGGGGGUACCCUUUGUGGAAGCUAGAGUGAACUGCAAACUUUCCGAUGUUUUAAACAAUCCUGUUCCGAAGGAGCUCAACAAGUUGCUUCCUUUCGAAAUCCAUGGCGACCAUAAAAUUCUCCUCGGAGUCAAACUCAACGUUUUCGACUGCGGCGGGAUAGGGAUCGGUGUGUGUGUUUCCCACAAAAUCGGAGACGCACUUUCGUUUUUCUCGUUUGUGAAAAUAUGGGCAGCCAUUGCUCGUGGGGAGACGAAGUUGAUCGGCCCGGAAUUCAAAUCAGCCUCGCUUUUCCCACCACGGGACCUUUCGGGAUUCACGCCAAUAAUCAGUCAAUUGAAGAUCGAACAACUUAUAACGAAGAGAUUCGUGUUUGGUGCCACCAAAGUGGAAGAAAUCAGAAGAAAAUAUUCCGAGAAAAGUACCCAAACACGCCCGACUCGUGUCGAGGCCUUAUCGGCUUUCAUCUGGGACCGGUUGAUUUCUGCCAUUAACGUAAGAUCGAAACCCAACACGCUGUUCAUAAUUAAUCACAUGGUGAACAUACGUCCAAGAAUCGAACCCCCAGUGCCGGAAUAUUCAAUUGGAAACUUCUUUAGCUUUGCACCAACAAUCCCAUCAAUGGAGGACAGUAACCUCGUUUCCCAAAUGAGAGACUCCAUAAGAGCAGUGAACAAUGAGUACGUGAAGAAGCUCCAAGAUGGAUAUAAUCACUUGGACAGCUUUAAAGAGAAGACAUCAAGUUAUGGCAAAGGCGAGAUCGUUCCGUUUACUUUCACAAGUUUAUGCAGGUUUCCUCUAUACGACGCUGAUUUCGGUUGGGGGAAACCCGUUUGGGCUGCUUUCGGAGAUCGAGAAAUCAAGAACACGGCAGUUUUCUUGGACACCAUAACUGGUGAUGGAAUAGAGGCUUGGGUUACCCUAAACGAGGAAGAGAUGGCGAAACUUGAUUCCGAUGAGGAAUUGCUUGCAUAUGCUGAUUCUCCAAAAAGCUUUUAAAGAUUAUCUACUUCUUGUAUGUGUUUGUUGUCAGCUUUAAAUAUUGUGUGCACUGUUCUCUGUGUGUUGUUGAAGCAUUGGGAUUUUAAGAGUAAUCCAUAUUCAUAUUA